AUGGAAGUUAAUAGCGCUCUCAGAGUGUUUUGGAAAUCAAGGCAAUUGUACACAAGAAAACUGACAUAUGAUUCAGAUGAGGGAGUCCCACUUACCUGGAGAAGAAAGCAUUUUAAAAGGAAAAAGAAGAGCCAUCACGAAGUGCAGGUCUACAAUGAGAUGAUAACAUUUCCCUGUUCCAUAUGCAAGCAUGAAAUGGACCUACCUGGAAUAUUCCUCCAUAAAAAGCAGCAUGUAGCUCUGGCUACAUUGGGCUUUCAGUGGAUGGGUGGGAAGAAACCAGGGCUCUCAGCGAUUGCUGAUCAGAGGCAGUCCAUCAUUGCUAAACUAUUGUCAUCUUUUGCAUUUACUGAAAAAAUCUUACAGAGCAUUAAUAAUGCUUUUGAGCUCCUUUGCAAGAAACAAAUACCAGCAUACUAUAAGAUUAUUGAUAACAUUCCCAAGAGUUCAAUAUAUCCUCAAAAAAUCUGUCACCUAUUAAUUAAAGGAGCAGCCAUUUGCGAAGACAGGAAUUCUACAUGGAGAGCUGACAUGAAUGAUAAAUUCACUGUCGUGAAUAAUUUUGGCAACAAACCCAAUGUGUGUUUUUUUGGUUUGUUUGACGGACAUCACGGUGCCUCGGCAGCAGACUUGACAUCAGUGGAACUCCCAGUUUUACUUCUCCACCAACUUUCCAGACUUGAUCCUUCCUACCAAAUGACCCCUGAAGAGCAAAAAGUAAUCAAUUCUUUUCACACAGUGUUUAGAGAAGACUACAGAGCUAUAGAAGACACCUUCUCCUCCAUAAAGAAAAAGGCAAAAGCAUUGAAAAGUGAGUAUGAGAACAUACACAAAGCCUUUGCAAAAGCAUUUUGGAGAAUGGACAGGCUUUUACGUCUUGGAAGGAAAGAAGUGUCCAGGGCUCGAUGGAGCGGCUGUUCUGCAGUUACUUGCAUAUUGGAAGGCAACAUUAAAAGUUCCAAAGCUAAGAAGUCUUCGAGAAGAUUCAAUGACCUUGACGCUUCUUUGGGGAUGCCGAAAAUAAUCUCUGGAGUGCUACAUAUUGCAAACACUGGUAAUGUGCAAGUAGUCUUAUGCAGAAAUGGGAAAGGCUUCUGCCUAACCAAAGAACACACUACACGAAACACAGAUGAAAGAAGAAGAGUACUUCAGAAUGGAGCAAUAAUUAGUUCACAUGAACCAUACGGGCUCCUACAAGGGCAAAUAAAAACCACACGAGGACUUGGAUUUCAUGGAAAUCUCAAACUGAAAAAAUUCAUUAUUCCAGCACCUCAAACUAUUUCUGUGCCUAUAGAUGACUUAUGUCAAUUCCUUAUCUUAGCUACUAAUGGACUCUGGGAAGUUCUGGAUACAAAGGAAGUCACUGCACUGACAAUGACAGCUUUUCAAGUAUAUAAAGAAGCACAGUGUUCUAUCACAGGAAACAAACUGUCACCAUCCAAAGGGUCUCUGCUUUUCCCAAUCGAUGAACAAAACACAUCUAAACCAGAAACUAACAUCCACAUAGUGUUUCAGUGCAAAUCUGAAGAACGUGUGUCAACUAUAAAUUCAAGAGAAAAUUUGUCAGAUUCAAAAUAUUCUAUUCAUAACCUUAAAAAUAUAGGAACAUUUCCACCAAAAAUGACUAAGCGUGAUCCUUGCAGUGAGAAAGAAGCUGAUGGGCCAACCAGUGUAGAUGGUGUGCCAAAAGACUCAAGUGAAAAAGAGAAAGGAUCAUGCACUAAGAGUUUCUAUGGAGGUGCUGCUGAGUAUAUCAGCCGUGAACUUGUAAGUGCUGCUUUGGCGGCUGGCUCCAGAGACAACAUUACAGUCAUGGUCACACUUUUCAAUGGAAGCGAGUAUCUCCAGAGAGCAAAAACAUGA